GAGGCUCUGGCGCCAUCUUUCCCACCGGCUCCUCCGUCCGUCCGGCGGCGCGGAGGCUUUUUCACCGCUUUGACCGCUUUAAGCUCACUGUAACCGGGUUAACGGGCUCCGGAGCGGCGGCUCGGAAGGUGUGGACCUCCUCUUUUAUAAGCUGAGCUCUCUCUGUCGUCACCAGCACGAUGGCUGACAAGAACACCAGGAUCGCUAUCGUGAACCAUGACAAGUGCAAACCUAAGAAAUGCCGACAGGAGUGUAAGAAAAGCUGUCCUGUGGUGCGGAUGGGUAAGCUGUGUAUUGAAGUGACGCCGCAGAGUAAGAUUGUGUGGAUCUCCGAGUCUCUCUGUAUAGGCUGCGGUAUCUGCAUCAAGAAAUGUCCGUUUGGCGCUCUGUCGAUUGUAAACCUGCCGAGCAAUCUGGAGAAGGAGACCACGCACAGAUACUGCGCUAACUCCUUCAAGCUGCACAGGUUGCCCAUUCCACGUCCUGGAGAAGUGUUGGGGUUGGUGGGAACCAACGGAAUCGGAAAAUCGACUGCUCUCAAAAUCCUGGCAGGAAAGCAGAAACCCAAUCUGGGCAAAUAUGAUGCCCCUCCAGACUGGCAGGAGAUUCUGGCCUAUUUCAGAGGCUCUGAGCUGCAGAACUAUUUCACCAAGAUCCUGGAGGACGACCUGAAGGCCAUUGUGAAGCCGCAGUACGUCGACCAGAUCCCCAAAACUGUUAAGGGGUCAGUAGGAGACAUCCUGAGGAGGAAGGAUGACACUAAAACAGAGGAGCUUGUGUGUGACCAGCUGGAUUUGCUGCACUUGCGAGAUCGUAACGUGGAGGAUCUAUCAGGAGGAGAGCUGCAGAGAUUCGCCUGUGCUGUUGUUUGCAUCCAGAGAGCAGACAUUUUCAUGUUUGAUGAGCCGUCCAGUUAUCUUGAUGUGAAGCAGAGACUGAGAGCUGCCAUCACCAUCCGAUCCCUCAUCUCACCUGACAGGUAUAUCAUUGUGGUUGAGCACGAUCUGAGUGUGCUGGAUUAUCUGUCUGACUUUAUCUGCUGUCUGUACGGAGUGCCCAGCGCUUAUGGAGUCGUCACCAUGCCCUUCAGCGUCCGAGAAGGUAUUAAUAUCUUCCUGGACGGUUAUGUCCCGACCGAAAACCUGCGUUUCCGCGAGACCUCUCUGGUGUUUAAAGUGGCGGAAACGGCAGCAGAAGAAGAGGUGAAGAAGAUGUGCCGUUACCAGUACCCCAACAUGACCAAACGCAUGGGAGACUUCACGCUCAGCAUCACUGAGGGAGAGUUCACCGACUCUGAGAUCAUGGUGAUGCUCGGAGAGAACGGAACUGGAAAGACCACAUUCAUCAGAAUGCUGGCAGGAGGACUGAAACCUGACGGAGGAGGUGAAGUGCCAAUUCUGAACGUGAGCUACAAACCUCAGAAGAUCAGCCCCAAGUUUAAAGGCAGUGUUCGUGCAUUGCUACACGAGAAGAUCAGAGAUGCGUACACACAUCCCCAGUUUGUUACUGAUGUCAUGAAGCCCAUGCAGAUUGAGAGCAUCAUUGACCAGGACGUUCAGAAUCUAUCUGGUGGAGAGCUGCAGCGUGUCGCGCUGGCUCUGUGUUUGGGGAAGCCGGCGGAUGUUUAUCUGAUCGACGAGCCGUCGGCCUACCUGGACUCCGAGCAGCGUCUCAUGGCAGCCAGAGUCAUCAAACGAUUCAUUCUCCAUGCAAAGAAAACUGCCUUCGUGGUGGAGCACGACUUCAUCAUGGCCACCUACCUGGCGGACCGAGUGAUUGUGUUUGACGGAAUUCCCUCAAAAAACACCUCCGCCAACACGCCACAGACUCUGCUGGCUGGCAUGAACAAGUUCUUGGCACAGCUGGAGAUCACAUUCAGGAGAGACCCCAACAACUUCAGACCAAGAAUUAACAAGCUGAACUCCAUUAAGGACGUGGAACAAAAGAAGAGUGGCAACUAUUUCUUCCUGGAUGACUGAAACUGAAGGGUCCAUUCCAAAAUUCCCCCCCCACGGUGGUCCCUUGGGCCACAUCUCUCCCAACAAGUGACAUCAUCCAGGAUGAUGCAGCACUGGGACCGUUUACUUUAAACACUGACUGACACCAACUCCACCAUUCUGAACCAGUGGGUCCAGUUCCAGUAACUUGGAACAAUCCUCCUCUGCCUCACUCUCUUCACAUCAGCGCUGACCAUCUAACAGACUGGACCGGUCAGAGAAAUAAAGCUGACGGUUUGGUUUUCAGUGCUGAAGAGGGUGAGGCAGAGGACCCUGUUCAAGAAUUAUAAAGGGGACCUAGAAAGACUUUGGCUUCUGGGUGACCAAUUAUAAUACAUAGUAACUCAGAUGUGUUUUUACUGGUCACAAAGUGCUACAGCGGAGAGUGAGAGACACGCCAAACACCAACUGUAUAUUUUGAAUAAAAUAUUUUAAUCAUUAUAUCAUUUGAUGCAUCUUAUUAAACAGUUUCUCAAGAA